ACGAAUCUCCAACAAGCACUACUCCUCCGCUUCUUGCUAGCGUGCACCCUUAUUGCUUUGCGUGCGCCGGUUGCGCAACCCCCUAACGUGCGCAUACCCACUCAACACAUCGAAUCUAAUACCACCACUACUAUCGUUUAUCAACACCACAGAACCCAGAUCUCAAGUUUCAAUCUCCAAGAAAUGUCGAAGGCUCGUGUCUACACCGAUGUCAAUGUUAUUCGCCCCAAAGAGUAUUGGGAUUACGAAUCUCUCACUGUUCAAUGGGGUGAUCAAGAUGAUUAUGAGGUUGUACGAAAAGUGGGAAGGGGGAAAUAUAGUGAGGUGUUUGAAGGCAUAAAUGUUAAUAGCAAUGAGCGCUGUGUUAUCAAGAUUCUCAAGCCUGUCAAGAAAAAGAAGAUUAAAAGAGAGAUAAAAAUACUUCAGAACCUUUGUGGGGGCCCAAAUAUUGUCAAGCUUCUUGAUAUUGUCAGAGAUCAGCACUCUAAAACUCCAAGCUUAAUAUUUGAGUAUGUCAACAGUACAGAUUUUAAAGUUUUGUAUCCAACAUUGACUGAUUAUGACAUACGCUAUUACAUAUAUGAGCUUCUUAAGGCCUUAGAUUACUGCCAUUCUCAGGGCAUAAUGCAUAGAGAUGUCAAGCCACACAAUGUUAUGAUAGACCAUGAAUUGCGAAAACUUCGCUUGAUUGAUUGGGGUCUUGCUGAAUUUUAUCAUCCUGGAAAGGAAUACAAUGUUCGUGUGGCUUCAAGAUACUUUAAGGGGCCUGAGCUUCUAGUUGAUUUGCAAGACUAUGAUUACUCAUUAGACAUGUGGAGCCUUGGCUGCAUGUUUGCUGGAAUGAUAUUUCGCAAGGAACCAUUCUUUUAUGGUCACGACAACCAUGACCAGCUUGUAAAAAUAGCUAAGGUGCUUGGGACUGAUGAACUGAAUGCAUAUCUCAAUAAGUAUCAUCUGGAGCUAGAUCCUCAACUUGAUGCACUAGUUGGAAGGCACAGUCGCAAACCUUGGUCAAAAUUUAUCAAUGCAGAUAAUCAGCAUCUUGUGUCUCCAGAGGCAAUUGAUUUUCUUGAUAAGCUCCUUCGAUAUGACCACCAGGACAGGCUAACAGCAAGAGAAGCAAUGGCACAUCCGUAUUUCUCUCAGGUAAGGGCAGCAGAAAGUAGCAGAAUGAGGACACAGUAACUUCAUGUGUGGAUCCAUAAACCUGAGUUCAUUUAUGUGGAAUUAUUUUUACAAUAUACCCUAACAUGUGGCAUGGUUGUCUUCUGUUAAUUAUAAUCGGUUACUUUUCUUGUGGAAUGUAACAAAAUCAUUACGUCGUUCGGUUGAAUAAUUUGUUAAUCUGUUUUUGAAAAUUAAAAUUUUAACUUCUCAACA